GAGGACAGCAGCUGAAACAGGCUGGGUCCAGGCUCUCCUGUGAUUGGCUCUUCUGAUCAUGUGAUUCAGAAACUACUCUGAAGCUGAGAGACUGGCUGGGUGAGCGUACUACCUGAAGACCAAAAGUUUGAUUUAAAGUCAGCUUCUUCAUCUCUCUGAAGAGGAGAUCUCAACACUCCAGGAGGACGAAGAGUCCUGAAGAUGGCCUUGGUUCCAAGAAGAGGAAGGAGCAUAGACCUCUCUCCUCAUCUCUCUGAAUUAAUGUACAAACUUAAAUAUCAUGCAGCUUCAUCCAUGAGAGAGUUUGACCGCAGAGAACAGAAGAUGAGACAGAUUGUUAGAAAGUUUAGGGAGAUCCCUGAUGAAGUCAGAAAGAUGCAGAAGAGAACAGAUGAAGUCAAAAGACUAGUAACUGGUGUACUAGUAGUCUCAGCCAUUAUCAUGCCAAUUGGCUUACUUGCAGGCAGAGCAGUAGUAGCAGAAGCAACAUUAUGGCCAAGUGCAGCAGCAGCAGCAGUAAUCACAACGGUAGGAACAAUAGGAUCAGUACUAGCAGCAGGAUCAGCCAUUGUUGUUGCUUGUGCAAAUGUAACAAAAGGGAUAUCAGAGAAUGGAAGUAUAAAUAAAGUAAAACAACUGGGGAAAGAGUUCAUGGAGAUGGUUGAACCGCUGAAGAAUGACCUGGAAGAAAUAAUGAGGAUGUGUGAGGAGUUGGAGCAAAGAUCAGCUGAACGUCAGGCUGGAAUCACUCUGACAGACAUGGAGGACUUUCAAUGGAUAGUGUCUGAACUGGGAAGAAGUGACGGAGUAUUGUCUACUAUGUGGAAAUUCUUCACGCCUACCGCGACCCCUGAAGAGGACAGAAAGUUAAGAGACUCCAUCAUCCAGUCAGCUGAUCUCUCUCAGAAAGUCAUCGAUGACUUGAAGAAGAUGAAGGAAGAACUCAAAGACUUCACAGAACAGUGACCAUACACGCUGCAGUCUGAAGUAAGGAUUAAUGAGCCGUGUAGUAACAUAGCAGCACCACAAGAUGGCACCUGAUGUACCGGGUGGGAACCCUGCACAUGUUCCACAAUAAAAGCCUGGAUAGAAACUACAUGAUUCUGUCCAGAGGGCUUUUAUUUUGAAACAGGAAGUGUUGAGUUUGUUCUAACAGCAUCAUGCAGAAACAUUUUUUUUCUUUGUUCUGAUUUAUUAGAAUGAGAUGUUUAUAUCAGCUGGAUAUUUGUCUGUGUUUAUCUCUUUUUUUCUUGUUAAUUGACAA